AUGGAUGAACGCAAGAGCUGGCAAGAUAACACGGGACUCCUUUAUGAGUUUCUGAAUAACUACAGUUGCGAGUGGCCCGCAUUGUCUUUGGAGUGGUUAAGUACUCAACCUGGGUCUGAUUCUUUUCCAGUUGCUGAGUUCUUAUUGGGUACUUGCGCAGAUGGUCCGCGUGAGAACUACGUGUAUUUGGUGGAUGUGACAUUGGGUGGUCCUCACGGUGUGAGUAUGGAAAAUCGUGAGUACGGAGUGCGCUCGGAUCGAAUGGGUUUCGAAUAUGGCGAGGGUAAGCCGGUGUACAACAUCCGGAAGCGUAUUCAUAUCCCGUUGGGUGAGAUCCAUCGAGCUAGAGCGAGUCGGGUGGAGGGGUCAUUAUUAGCAGGAUGUGUUUGUGCAUCAGGUGAAAGCAUAGUGUUCGAUCGUUCGGUUCCGAAAGAUACGGAGCCGAUUGAUGCGGGUUUGCGUAUUAAGGAGGGUGAUGGUCAUGAGAGUGUGGUAGCUCGAUUAUGUGGUCAUGACUCUGCGGCAUGGGGUUUAGCUUGGUCGUUGUUUGAUGGUGAGCAAUUGUUAACUUCGUCAGAUGACCAUCGAAUUUGUACGUGGAAUUUGCACAAGUCACCGCAUGAUACAUCAGGCGGUAAAAGUGCCUGGAAGGCUGCGAAGACCAUAACACCCGUCAGUACCUACAGCACAGGUCAUACUAAGGCCGUCCAGUGUGUCAUACCACAUAUUGAUCAUCCUGCUAUGUUUAUUAGCGCUGGUGAUGACGGUCAAAUCUGCGUAUGGGAUGGACGGAUCAGCGAUCAUGAACAUGCCUUUUUCCCUGUCGUCAAGGACCCAACAGACGCCUUCAAUGCCGUUUCUCAGAACAAGUUCAAGGCACACCUUCUAGCCACUGGUGGUACCGGAACUGAUGUCUGCAUAUGGGACAUCCGCAAUUGUGGUUACCCUCUCGCACGACUCUCACAUCAUGACAAAGGAUCCAACGCCGUCGCGUUUAAUGAACAUAGAGACUACCUACUUGCUUCCGCAGGCGCCGAAGGAAAAGUCGUCGUCUGGGAUCUUAGAGAUAUCGGGAAAGAACAGUCAGCAGAAAACGCACAAGACGGACCGCCCGAACUACUCUUCGUCCACCAAGGACACACAACUGCAGUACAAGAUAUCUGCUGGGCACCAGACGAAGAACACGAAUUCCACAUCUCAUCUGUAUCCGAUAAUAAUGAAUGGCAAUUGUGGUCAUAUGUAAGACACAUGCUGUGUAUCAAGGACACGGCACGCCGUCUACACGCAGUCAUCUCAUGUACCCAUGCUUUGUACCCAUGUUUUGUACCCUUGUCGUGUAGUCUUGUCGUGUAG